AUGGCGCUGAUUUCGAGCUGUUCCCGCCCACGCUACGGCGUGGUGCUACUUUUGCUAUCCAUUGUCUCUACUCUGACCGUUAGCUGCAUUAUUGUCAUUUGGUAUGGCAUGAACUCGGAUAGAGAUUAUAUACACCCGCUCUUGACACAAUUAAUCCCCGCCGGACAUUGUGCCUGCGAAACCUCCACCACCUUCGAAUGCUCGAGCUGUCUCUCCUGUUCGCAGAGCUCCAGUUUGCUCACACAACUUACCCCCUCAUCCCACUGGAAAUUCCAGUACGAUCGCGAUUCUCGAAAUGAAGGUCUCGACCCGAAUCAGUGCAGUGCUGCAUUUCCCGGCCUAUUUGAAGACGUCUCCCGUGGCGUGGAUUACUGGCGGUCGCAGGGCGCCCUCGCUACGGAGGACUUGGACGCCAUCACUCUCCAACCUGGCAUGGCGCGCGUUUUUAUCUACGACGGCGAGCUCCAUAUCAUUGCCUCGCGUGCAAAAGGCCCGGAUCACCGAAGAAAGAUCCUGGCUGUUCUAAGCUCAAUUCAUCGCGCGCUGGUCGCUGACGUGGAUCGAGCCUCCCGACGCAACUUCGAGUUUGUUUUCUCGGUAGAGGAUAAAGUGGAGGAUGUCACGAGUUCUGAUCACCCUGUGUGGGUGUUCGCCCGAACUGCAGCCGAGCAAGCAGUCUGGCUCAUGCCUGAUUUUGGAUUUUGGGCCUGGGAUAACAAUCAGAACCCGAUCGGACCGUACGACCAAGUCGUUGAGAAGGUCAAGCGAUCCGACCUUCCCUGGAAUGAAAAGGAGAACAAGCUGGUUUGGCGUGGAAAGCCCAGUUUUGCUCCCAAGCUGCGGCGCGCCUUGAUGGAGGCCGCCCGGGACCAGACUUGGGGCGAUGUGAAGCAGGUGGACUGGCAGGAUAAGACCAACGUUAUGAGCAUGGAAGACCAUUGCAAAUACAUGUUUAUUGCCCAUGUCGAAGGUCGGUCCUACUCUGCCUCUCUAAAAUAUCGUCAAGCGUGCAAGUCGGUCAUCGUUGCCCAUAAACUUCAAUACAUCCAACACCACCACUACCUUCUCGUUCCCCAAGGGCCGAAUCAGAACUACGUCGAGGUCGAGCGAGAUUUCAGCGACUUGGAAGAGAAGCUGGACCCCUUAGUUUCCAACCCUCAACUUGCCGAGCGCAUUGCCACCAACAGCGUCCAAACGUUCCGCGAGCGAUACCUAACCAAGGCAGCCGAAGCAUGCUACUGGCGGGCACUCUUUGAUGGAUAUGCGAGUGUCUACAACAGCAGUGUGCCGCUAUAUUCGAACAACGCCCUGCAAGAACGAGGAUUACGAUACGAAUCAUUUGUGCUGCUGGAAAGCGAGCAAAUGCUCGACUUUACGACAGGUGUCAGCUUGUAUUGA